AUGCCUAUUCAGUUAGCUAAAUCAUUGAAGUUGCAUAGAGAUAAGGUAUGGAGUAUUGAUUGCUCCAACGGGAUGUUGGCAACAGGUUCAACCGAUCGAUCCGUGAAGAUUAUUGAUGCCUCUCAAUACAAACUAUUAGAUGAAUUGGAUAAUACAGUACAUAAGAAGGCAGUUAGAUCAGUGGCAUGGAGACCAAAUUCUUAUGUAUUGGCAGCAGGCUCUUUUGAUUCUACCAUAUCCAUAUGGAAUAGAGAAGGGGAGGAAGAGAUGGAUAAUUCAUGGGAAAUGGAAUUACUAGCGAUAAUAGAGGGACAUGAGAAUGAAGUUAAAAGUGUUGCAUGGUCUCAUGAUGGUGCAUAUUUAGCAUCCUGCUCUAGAGAUAAGAGUGUGUGGAUCUGGGAAUCUGAUGAAAUGGGUGAAGAGUACGAAUGUAUAAGUGUGUUGCAAGAACAUUCGCAAGACGUUAAACAUGUGGUGUGGCACCCAUAUUUACAACUACUAGCAUCUAGUUCCUACGAUGAUACCAUUAGAAUAUGGAGAGAAUAUGAUGAUGACUGGGAAUCUGCUGCUGUGCUUAAUGGACAUGAGGGAACAGUUUGGAGUUCAGACUUUGAGAAAUCAGAGACUCAAUUGAGAAUAUGCAGUGGUAGUGACGAUGCUAGUGUUAAAGUUUGGAAAUAUGUUCGUGACGAUGAAGAAGAACAACAAGAAUGGAUUUGUGAGGCAACUUUACCUGCUGUGCAUACUAGGGCAGUCUACAGUGUAAGUUGGAGUGAAGAUGGACACAUCGCAAGCGCUGGUUCUGAUGGUAAAUUAGUCAUCUAUCGUGAGGCACAACCAGGUCAGUGGAAAAUUGUGGAUCAACAAGAAUUGUGCCAUGGGGUUCAUGAAGUUAACGUUGCGAAGUGGAUUAAAAUCAAUGGCAAGACGAUGCUUGCCACUGGGGGGGAUGAUGGUUACAUAAAUUUAUGGAAUUGGGAUACGUCUUCAACUUCAAACAAAAACAAUUAG